GUGUGUGUGUGUGUGUGUGUGUGUGUGUGUGUGUGUGUGUGUGUAAGAUACACAUCUCCAGAGAGGAGUGUAUUAAUCAGCUUUGGAAAAGCAGGUUCGUCCCGCGCUCACGCAUGCAACGUGCGUAAUCAGAAGACAUCCAGUUCACGCACGCACAGAAACGCGCCCCUGUCCUGUCCCAGCAAGUCCCUUUAAAAAUCCGAAUCCAAGGCCAAUGAUUUAUCAAACUCUUAUUAUCAAGAAAAUGUCACGCGAAGGGCACCUUGCACCGCACUGACGCAAAACUCCAGUCUUUCCUCCUCCGAGCUGCAGAAACGCUUUGCACUCGCUGCUUUGCGCGGCUAUAAACCAGUUGGCUUCCAGUCCUCCCCUCCUGUUUCCAGCUGUUUCCAUCACAUCGAACAGAUCUCUGCGCAGACAUGGAUCCGCCCGAGCACAGGGACGCGAUGGCCAAGCAGCCGGCCACCGGCUACAUCCCGGCGCAGCAGCAGGAGGGAGCCGCGGGAUUCGCGUCCAACAAGCCGGACAACACGGCUCCGUGCGCGCCGCCCGCCGGCCCCCACCACCAUCACCACCACCACGGCCACCACCACCCAGCGUCCCAGCCGCCUCCCUGCAACGAGUGCAAAACUUUUUGCCCCGCGGACAGUAAACCGGGAGAGCCGGACGCCAAUAAAGAAUACGGGACGUUUAAAAGCGCUCCGCCGCCGCCGCCGGCAGCCGCUCUGGGAGGCUCGGUGGCCCUCAACUCGGCCCCGAGGAAAGACUCCGCAGGCUCGGCCCGCGACCAGCUCCGGGCCACCGCGGAGCAGAACAACACCGCGGGGAACUGGACGACCAUGAGCCAGACCACCAUCAUACUGGGAACAGAUGGGAACACGUCUGUUCAGCCCGGGACCGUGGCGGGGGUUGCGGGAUUGCCAUGUUGAUAAUAUCUGUCUUGAUAGCCAUAUACUAUAACAUUAUAAUGUGCUGGACACUGUACUACCUGUUCGCUUCGUUGAAGGGCUCACUGCCAUGGGCUAACUGUAGGAAUGAGUGGAACACGCUGGAAUGUAAGGACAAAGACAUGCUUCUUUUAGGUACAACGUGUUGCACAUUUCCAAAGGGAUUGAAUAUCCAGGAGACCUCCGCUGGCCUCUGGCAGGUUGCCUCUUCCUGGCCUGGCUCAUUGUCUACGCCUCUUUAGCCAAAGGAAUUAAGUCAUCAGGAAAGGUGGUUUAUUUCACAGCCACGUUUCCCUACGUGGUCCUGGUCAUCCUUCUGAUCAGAGGAGUGACCCUCCCCGGAGCCGCCGACGGCAUUCUUUAUUUUAUCACUCCUAAAUGGGAGAAACUGAACGACGCAAAGGUGUGGAAAGAUGCAGCCACUCAGAUCUUCUUCUCYCUGUCGGCUGCGUGGGGAGGCCUCAUCACGCUCUCCUCCUACAAUAAGUUCCACAAUAACUGCUACAGGGAUACCAUUAUAGUGACGUGUACAAACAGUGCUACCAGUAUAUUUGCUGGUUUUGUCAUCUUCUCUGUCAUUGGUUUCAUGGCCCAGGAGCUGAAGGUGCCAAUAGAGCAGGUUGCAGAUGAGGGUCCAGGCAUAGCGUUCGUGGUGUAUCCAGAGGCUCUGACCAGACUUCCUCUGUCCCCUUUCUGGGCCAUCAUCUUCUUCCUCAUGCUCCUGACUCUUGGACUUGAUACCAUGUUUGCCACCAUCGAGACCAUCGUAACAUCCGUGUCAGACGAGUACCCCAAAUACUUGAGGAAACACAAACCAGUCUUCACUCUCGUCUGCUGCAUUGCUUUCUUCAUCCUGGGCUUUCCCAUGAUAAACGAGAGUGGGAUGUACAUGCUGCAGUUGGUGGACACAUAUGCAGCCUCCUAUUCUUUGGUCAUCAUUGCGAUCUUUGAGCUAGUUGGGAUUUCCUACCUUUACGGGCAUCCUGGGACUSAGUCUGUACCAGUGGAAGGUGAUGACAUAUGGGGACUACACCUACCCCACCUGGUCCAUGGUWAUGGGCUGGCUCAUGGUCAUUUGCUCUGUAAUCUGGAUCCCCAUCAUGUUUGGCAUUAAAAUGCACCUGGCCCCCGGCACCUUAACUGAGCGUCUGAAGUUGGUCUGCUCCCCUCAGCCCGACUGGGGCCCUUUCCUGAUGAAGCAUCGUGGGAAUCGCUACAAAAACAUGAUUGACCCAUUAGGAACCAGCUCUCUGGGUCUGAAACUGCCCCCAAAGGACUUCCAGCUUGGCUCCUAUCAGUAGCAGCCRUCCAGGCAGUUUCCAACCCUUUCAGGAGGCACUGGGAGUGGGGGGUGGAUGCCUGCCUCCAGGCUGCCGUUUCCACCACCUCUACCUCCUCACUCUCUUUUUUUUGCAUCCCGCUUCACUCUAUUUGCUUCKUCUCUGUACUGUGGAUGUGGAAACAGGCUUUCCUCUUCCUUUACCUCUUCACUAUUCCCUGUCUUCUCUCAGGGAGGAGUGGCUGCCCRAGUGGAGUCUGCUCUUCCGCUGCUACUUUGUACUCAGUUAAUGAGCAAUCAUUGCCUCCCACACAUGACCAUUGAUUACUCCAGAACCCCUCUCCCAGGGAACUCAUUCCAAGAGAAAAAUCGUGUCAUAAAAUAWCAAAGCUCAGACUGCACUUGCAAUAUGAGACUCAACAUAGCUACUCCCUGAGGAGUCGUGUCUGUUUGUGGGUGUGUGUACGCGGUGUGCUUUUGUAUGUGUGGGUUAAAUUUGCGUGUAGAGAUAAUGAAUCAUAUUGGUGCAAGCAGACAUAAAAAAGYGAAACCAUUAAACAAACAAAACAAAAAUAAAUUAAUGAAAUAUAUAUAUAUAUAUAUGAAGGUUUGCUAAGCCCAGUGGGGAUCUGGGUUGAUUCUAUUUGUGUAUAAAAUUGUAUCAGUGUUAUAAAUACACUCAACAGCUUCGGAAAAAAGGUUAAAUAAAGAGACUGUAUGCUCUGUUAUCAGAUUUAGUUCCAGUUCUGCAGUCAAUAUUUAUAGUCAUAUGAACUACUGCUCAGUUGCUCUUGCCUUGUCAAAAAUAGACUACAAGACUUGUAAUUUGUGCCUCCUAUCUCCCAGUAGAGUAGCAAAUGCAUCCCGAUUACCAAUUUUGCAACAUACACACAGUGGUGCGAUAGAAGCUUGGAUUUAUUUCUCUUGCUCAACCUGAGGGACUAUAUGUGAUACCUUCUAUCUUUGUCUACUCAUUAAGUUCCACUUGUAUUAUCCAAGAAUAUAAACUAGCACCAUCCCAGUGUAGAGAACUAUUAGAAUUGUCGAUUCAGCGUUUUGGUAGGUGAUAAUGUGGCCAAAUAACCCUUUCAGGUCUCAAAUGCUGACCUCAUAGUCACUCUGUGCAUAUAUUUUAGAUGUCUAUUUAUAACUCUAUGUGUUGUGACUUUAUCAAGCCAUUUGUGUGCAUCACAUCAGGAAAUUAAAAACACAAAUUAUAUAAAUAUAUAUAUAACUAUAUACACAUAUUGAUGAUAAAACAUAUAUAUGAAUAUAUAUCUAGCUUCCAGAUGAGGACACAGCUAGCAAGACAGAGACUGCGAGUGUUUGUGUGUGUGUGUGUCAGUGUUGCUAAGCUGUAAUGUUUUGUAACAAAGUGCACAAUAUGAGGAGCUUCUAUGUGUGAGUAAAUGAAACUUUAGUGUAGAAAACAACCUUUGAGGAGAUGUGUGUGUCACCACUUGUUUUGUGUUCUAGAGCUCUGGACGCCUCAUUGUCAUUUCAGACCCUCUUUGCUACUCUGUGUGUCCUCAUGAAAACAGGGUCUCAGGUAUACUCUUUCAGACUACCGUGGUAGUUGCAGGAAUAAUCAAAUUCAGUGCAAUGAAAAGUCAAGCCACUUUCAAGUUGAUUUACACUCAACACAGUGCUCUUAAUAAGCAUUGCCCCGCCCCCCUGGUAGACCCGAAUGCAGCUUGCUUUAUGUCGAAGAACACGAAGAUGACUCACCCUGUGUUGGCCAGCUGUGUGCUGCACUAAAGCAGGUGUCAUUAUUAGGUGAUGUAUCUAACAAAUAGCAGUCAUUUAAAAGUAAAAAAAUAGAAAUGAUGAAAGUUAUGCAACAAACAGGUGAUAUAAUCUGCAGCCACAGUGAUUCGCUGCAGUGUGCAUCAUACACAGAAAGUAAAAGGCUUUUAGCAGCUUUCUGCUCCUCUCACUCACACUGCAGUCCAUCAGGAUCAGACUUAUUGCUGUAAUUUAGCACCUGUUUUGGGCUCUGCUGCUCUGCCAUCAGCAUUACUGAGCUGCUGUGAGGCUGUUUCUGGAGGAUUAAACGUCAUCUGUAACUGUUUCGCCAGGGCAGCUCAGCAGGUGAGCUGGUUUGAAGUGUCACAUGACAGGCCACCAACUAGCACUGCAGCCUACUCAACUUAACAGAAACACCAAGUAUCCAUUUAGAAGCAAUCAGUCCUUUGCACUUUUUUGACCAACAGGAUGUGUAUGUUUGUGCAACAAAGCUCUUGAUUUGGCCUAAUUACACUUUUAACACUGCAGGCAUUGAACCGAGGAGUAUUUUUAAAGAAAGAUGCAAUAACAAUUGCUAAAAAAGAAAAAAAGUUUAAGGAACUCGCUUUCUAUUUCUCUAAGCCAUGUUUUCUUUAUAACCCUGACUGGGAAAACAGCACAGAUCCAAUUUAAGAGGUUGUUUAAAAACAAAACAUAAUCAGUUAAUGAGCACAAAAACACUGAUGUUAAAUAGCUUGCUCGCUACGCCGUGUUCCUUUUCAGACUUAGUGUAUUUAGCUCUGUUUGUGAUGAUAAUAUAUGUCUGUUUCUGCUUGUGUGUGUGUAUGUUUGUCUUCGUAUAAGUUCAAUCGAAUGCCACUUAACUGUCAAUCAGAUGUUUGCAUGGCUGGUCUCAGUAGAUUGCAGAAAGGAAUGGGAAGAAUUGACGUGAAGUUUUUGGAUUGCCUUGGUUUCACGGACCUCUCCUUUGUUUUGAAAAUGAGAGGACUUCUGAGAAUCAACUGUGAUUGCAAGCAGUUGUGUAAAAUUUAAACAAAAAAUGUGCUUAAAAAUAACAAUUCCAUACUAUUCAGCUGAGGAAUCAGUUUUCAGUUUUUAAAGCAAAUGUUGAUUGCACAGGUCUUUAAUUUAAUGUAGCAAAAAGUAACCAAUGAAAACAUUUAAUCCCCAAAUCAUUUAAUGAUUUUAGUCAAGGGUACAGCUAUAGUUAGCUAUAAAUUUUGUGCCCCUGUGUAUCCAGUKCUACAGCUUUUGGUUAUAGAUGGCAAAAUAGAGAGAGAAACACUUUUAGGGUUUAGUUAAAACCUCACUUGCUUAAUAAAAUUUAUCAACUAGAAGAGCUUGCAUGUGCAAAUUGUGUUGCUCUAACUCGAUGUCCAUGUGUAGCUAUCUUUUGUCUCUUCACAGUGUAAGACAGUGCAUGUUUACUUUAGGGAACUUUUUGUUCUACAUAAUGUUAAGAAACAGAAGGUUGCUGUUGUUGGUUGACUAAAGAAGAAGAAGAAGAAGACAAUAAGGAACUGUCAAAUCUUUUGGCCUGCUAGUCAACAUUGGUCAGUAAAUGUAACCAAAGAAAGAGGUCUUUAGAGUUGUAGUAAAAUCAGAAAAUMUAAAAAAGUAAAUCUAUACAUAUAAAAAGGAAUGUUUUAUCUACGUAUAGGAAAUUGCGAUACUGCCAUUCAUUUUAUGUAGUGUUCGUUGAUGUUAGCCAAUAUGUUACAAAACAUCUUCAGGUAACCAUUGGCCUUAUAGAUGUUCUCUGAUGGUAGAAUAUAUGUUUUUCAAAAAUAACACCACAGCAUAGCUGUCUGUCUCCAGUGUUCCUAUUGUUAUGUCUGUUGUGUCCUUUUGGCACUUUAUUGUGUGACCUAUGGAUGCAUAGGUUAAAUUUCUAAUUACUUGAGUAAUGUCAUAUAUUUCUGUGUGUUCUAUGUGAGGUACUGCUGCCUAUGGAUAUAGAUAUGUGCCUCUAACAGCCCACGACAUUCAUUUGAUUUCAAAAUUGAAAGUAGAUAUAUUAUAAAACUAUGUUUUAAAAUGUGUGUGAUGUGUAAAAAACAGAAUCUAUAUAUAUAAUAUAUCAUAAAUGUGAAACAUUUAUUUUCAUCAUCAAUCUUUGAGGCUCUACCUCAGAUUUUGUAUUUAUGUAUAGAAAUGCAAUUGGAUUAUAGUAUCUUUGCCAAUAAUAUAUCGCUAUUAUAUCAUGAAAUGUAUAACUUACAAAUCAAUAAAUAAAUGUUAUUGUUUUUUUUUCUU